AUGCACACGAUUAAGCUCUUUCUUUUUAUUGUUCCUCUAGUUAUUUCUUCCAAAAUUGACCAAGACUAUUCAUCAUAUGAUUCUAUGUCUCCAGAGCCAAAAUCAAGAUUUGCUAUGUUAGAUGAUGUAAAAAUUUUAGCCAAUGGCCUCCUUCAGUUAGGACAUGGUCUUAAAGACUUUGUCCAUAAGACUAAGGGCCAAAUUAAUGACAUAUUUCAAAAACUCAACAUAUUUGAUCAGUCUUUUUAUGACCUAUCACUGCAAACCAAUGAAAUCAAAGAAGAAGAAAAGGAACUUAGAAGAACUACAUCCAAACUACAAGUCAAGAAUGAAGAAGUAAAGAAUAUGUCACUUGAACUCACCUCAAAACUUGAAAGCCUCCUAGAAGAAAAAAAUCUGCUUCAACAAAAAGUGAAAUAUUUGGAGAAGCAAUUAACCAAUUUAACUAAAAAUCAACCUGAAAUCCAGGAACACCCAGAAAUAACUUCACUUAAAAAUUUUGUAGAACAGCAAGAUAACAGCAUUAAAGACCUUCUCCAGACCGUGGAGGAACAAUACAGACAAUUAAAUCAACAGCAUAGUCAAAUAAAAGAAAUAGAAAAACAGCUAAGAAGAACUGGUGUUCAAGAAUCCACAGAAAAUUCUCUUUCUUCUAAACCAAGGGCACCAAGAACUACCCCUUUUCUUCACUUGAAUGAAACAAAAAUUGUAAAACAUGAUGACAUUCCUGCUAAUUGUACCACCAUUUAUAACAGAGGUGAACAUACAAGUGGCAUCUACUCCAUUAGACCCAGCAACUCUCAAGCUUUUAAUGUCUACUGUGAUGUUAAAUCAGGUAGUUCAUGGACAGUGAUUCAACACCGAAUAGAUGGAUCACAAAACUUCAAUGAAACUUGGGAAAACUACAGAUAUGGUUUUGGGAGGCUUGACGGAGAAUUUUGGUUGGGUCUAGAGAAGAUAUAUUCCAUAGUAAAGCAAUCUAAUUACGUUUUACGAAUUGAACUAGAAGACUGGAAAGACAACAAGCAUUAUAUCGAAUAUUCCUUUCACUUGGGAGAUCAUGAAACCAACUAUACACUACACCUAGUUGAGAUUACUGGCAAUGUCCCCAACGCACUCCCGGAACACAAAGAUUUGGCAUUUUCUACUUGGGAUCAUAAAGCAAAAGGACAUGUCAACUGUCCAGAAAGUUAUUCAGGAGGCUGGUGGUGUCACGAUGUAUGUGGGGAAAACAACCUGAAUGGUAAAUAUAACAAGCCAAGAGCAAAAACUAAGCCAGAGAGGAGAAGAGGAAUAUAUUGGAAGUCUCAAAAUGGAAGGUUGUACUCUAUCAAAUCAACUAAAAUGUUGAUCCAUCCAACAGAUUCAGAAAGCUCUGAAUGA